CCGCUAGGAGAUGCUGCUGUAGGUCGUCAGGAGAAGAGCACAAUUAUUCAGCACCUUGGACAGCAGCGGUGUGUCGGUCCUCCUUUCUGCCGGACUUGUUACUGCUUAUUGUGAUUGGAGAAAUUUCAACAGAUCAACAGCUUGAUUCAGUGAAGGAACACUUUAAACAGGGGAUCCUGUCAUGGGGCGUUGAUUUGAUCAUUUGUGACUUGAAUAAGGAACUAAAGCUCUUUGAAGCAAGACACUCUGCCCAAUUCCCGUCAGAGGUGAAAGUUCAGAACACGGCUCUGUGACUCAGCAGGACAAUUUAUCAGACAUUCUUUCAAGUCGUAGGAUUAAAGAUCUCUUAAACCAGCCAUCUGCAGGUCAGCAAGCCUUUUUACAGUGUCCUGUAAAGGAGAAGGGGGCUGGAGCUCCCUGCGGUACAUUCAGGAGCAUAGCAUACUCAAGUAAAGACUGAACCCAGAGCCCGUACUGCCUGAGAUGGAAGGGGUGAGCGAGUUCACAGAAUGCAUCUCUGAGACAGUGGAUGUUCCCUCUCCUUUUGAGCUCCUGGAACCACCAACCUCAGGAGGGUUCCUGAAACUGUCCAAACCAUGCUGCUAUAUCUUUCCUGGAGGACGGGGCGACUCUGCUUUGUUUGCAGUCAAUGGUUUUAAUAUUUUAAUCGAUGGUGGAUCGGACAGAAAAUCUUGCUUCUGGAAGCUGGUCAGACAUUUGGAUAGGAUUGAUUCUGUUCUCCUUACCCACAUAGGAGCAGAUAACCUCGCUGGUAUAAAUGGACUGUUACAGAGGAAAAUUGCAGAGCAGGAGGAAGAGAAGAGCCGUGGUUCAAAUACGUAUGGAGACUGGAUGAAAAACCUGAUCUCACCAGAGCUUGGUGUUGUGUUCUUUAAUGUUCCAGACAAGCUGAAGGCACCUGAAUCCACACUGAAAACAAAGAGGAGCAUUGAAGAGUCCUCUCUUACAUUGCAGUACCUUCAGAAACUGGGCAUCAAAUCUGAGCCCCUAUACAGAGUUAUGAGCAACACAAUUGAGCCUUUAACACUCUUUCACAAGUUGGGUGUUGGCAAACUAGACAUGUAUGUUCUAAAUCCUCUCAAGGACAGUAAGGAAAUGCAAUUCUUCAUGCAGAAGUGGGCUGGUAACAGUAAAGCUAAGACUGGCAUUGUCCUGGCCAAUGGCAAAGAGGGUGAGAUUUCAGUUCCUUACCUCACAUCAGUGACAGCUCUGGUCGUGUGGGUACCUGCCAGUCCAACAGAAAAGAUUGUCAGAGUACUGUUUCCUGGAAAUGCCCCUCAAAACAAAAUAUUUGAGGGGCUGGAAAAGCUGAGGCAUCUCGAUUUCUUGCGAUAUCCAGUAGCCACUCAAAAGGACAUGUCAUCUGGAGCUCCACCUCCACUGAUUAAACAAACCAAAAUGAAGCUGAGAACUGAUAGCAAAGAAAGUCUUAAAUCAUCCCCUAAAAUGUCUCCUACUACGAAAGCAAGCAAGAAAGAGGCAAACGAAGAUAUUGAGUCUAAGACUGAUUCUGUAAAAGAGAACAAAGUUGAAAAGAAAGAUAAGAAAAUAAAAGAGACUGUCAAAACUCCAAAACCACUUAAACCCAAGACAGCAUCACCUGAUUCACUUAAGCAGGAGACAAAAAAGCUGCAGAGAGAAAAGUCUCCUAAAAAACAUAUCAAGGAGAAAGCAUCUAAGAUGGAGGAGAAGAAAGAUCAAGAAAAGAAAGACACCAAGAAAGAACAAGCAGAUGUAAAAAAAGAUGUUAAAAAAGAACUCAAAAGUAAGGAGGAGAAGAAAAAAGAAAAAAUCAAGCCAGAGUUGAGAAAAAUCACAAAACCUGACUUGAAGCCCUUCACCCCUGAGGUCCGGAAGACUCUGAACAAAGCAAAGGUUCAAGUGAAGCCUAAAACAGAAAAGACUAAAGCUGCAAAAGAGCAAGAGAACAGGCCAGCUGCUAAGAAAACUUCACUAGAGAAACAGGAGAGUGACAGGUCCUUAGUCUCCUCCCCAGAAGAUCUUACCAAGGAUUUUGAAGCCUUGCGAAUGGAGGAGGAGCUUUCCAAGCCCACAGACAGCAAAGUACUCCCAAUUUUUCAAUCUACAGUAGACAGUGUUGUCCCUCACAUUGAAUCUCCUGAUGAAGGAAUAACUAAAACAGAGUCCUCUCAUGAGGAAAUGAUACCAUAUGGUGUAAACAAAAUUAAACCCCCUUCUAAAACUACUGAUAGAUUUGAGGAUGAAGGUGUUAUUACAGAAGAUGACAUAGAGGAUGACCUUACCACAAAACUAAAAAGUGCUACGACAUCUGACUUUUUGGAGAUGGACAAAAAUAAAAAAUGUCAAGAAAAUGCGAAAGAAGAAGAUACAGAGUUUGAAGUGAAGCCUAAAAAGAGUGACAGUGAAGAAGAAGAGGAUGUGAUUGAGAAAGCAGAGCUAGAGGAGGCAGAAGAUUUUGUACAUGAGGAGGAGCUCAAGUACAAAUCUGAUGAGACUAGAAAAGAGAAACUCGCAAAAGACUGGGAGACAAAACAAAGUGACAUUAAAUCUGCCAAACCUCUGGGUGCUGCAGAGCAUGUGUCUUUCAUCCAAGAUGAAACCAUUCCAGGUUACUCUGAGACAGAGCAGACCAUUUCUGAUGAGGAGAUUAAUGAGGAAACAGAGGAGCGAAUCCCACAUAUACAAUAUGAUGUCGGCUCUUAUGACAUCUCAGUUCCUGAUGAACCUGGGACUUUUGACACCAUUCAUGGCAUGAAACCACCAACAAUAUCUGUUGCUUCUGAGUUAUCAUCAAAGGGUUUUGCAGUAGACCAGGAGCCAGUCCUAUCAGCUUACACAACCAAUAUAAUUGUGGCUCCAUUGGCUGAAGAAGAGCAUAUAUCAUCAGCCACAUCCAUCACUGAAUAUGACAAAUUAUCAUCUUUUGCAACAUCUGUUACUGAAGAUCAGUCGAUGGCAUCCAUGACAGCACCACCUACUGAAGAUGCAGGGAGAAGCUCUUUACUCUUAGAUACUGUAAAUAGUAUACCAUCAUCUGUACAGACAGAUGCCACUCAAGGAAAGGAGUACCUCCACUCUGCUGGAACUAUUUCUCCAACUUCUUCCUUAGAAGAGGAUAAGUGUUUUAAAUCACCUCCUUCAGAAGAAUAUCAACCCAUUGUGCCAGAAACAGGAACUACAGUGAAGGCUACUGUUCCCACAAAUUAUGAGGAUGAAGAGGACGAGGAAGAAGAUGAGGAUCAGACACCGAAUGUUGAUAUGCCACUUGGAAAGAUCCAUGAGGGUUAUGCAUCUGCUGCCAUGCUCCAAGAUACUGAAAAAGCUUCUAAUAAAUUUCCCACAACAACAGCAUAUAUUUCUCCUCAGAUGAUUGGCGCACAAGAAAAAGAUGAAAAGGAAAUCUCACUCUCUAAGGAUGAAUCUAAAUUGGGCACCUCUGAGAAAAGUUUGUCCUUCUCGCCAAAUUUGCCUUGCACCUCAGAGACAAGUAUUAUUUCAGAGAGUGAAGAAAGAUGCCUCAGCCCAGAUGACAGCACUGUGAGGUUCGCCUCACCUACUCAAUCAGGACCGACCAGCAGUAGCUACUCUCCCACUGAGGAGAGGUCACAAAAGCCAUUGAUUAUGGACAAAGACGAAAAACUAGAAAAGGAGACUUUUGAUUCUCAGACGUGUUUAGCCCAAGAGACUCCUGCUGGCAAAAAGUCUGUGGAAAUAAUUGAUGAUAAAGUGGAUCCUUUAGUAAAGGAAUUGUCCAGCACUAAGCCUGCAUUAUAUGACUCAGAAGAGGAUGAAGAGGAAGAUAAAGAGGAUUAUUAUGGAAAAAUAAGCAAUGUAGUGUGUGGUAAAACUAAAUACAAAGAAGAGAGGGAGUGUACGUUUCUUGAUGAAGAAAACUCUGAAGAGACAUCAUCCCUAAAAGAGGAGAAGCAGUUUGAAAAUGAGAAAGAAUUUGUGGAUGAGGAAGAUAAACCACAAAGUGUGACCUACUUGGGCCAUGAGUGCAAAUCCCAGAUGCUCAGCUCAGGAGAGGAAGAUGAAAGUGAAACUGAGGAUGGUGCUAACUCAAGUGUAAAAGUACCACAGGGCAAGUUAGAUGCCAUGUCAGCAAGCCAAGGCAAAAAAGAUGUGUCAUUCUCAGAGAUAGAUGAUUUAAAAGUGAUUUCAAAAGACAUCGAUAAAAGUGUUCAAUUCAGCUUGCAUUCCUUCCCUGAGUGUGAGAAGGACCUCAAAGGUGAAUUUGAGAGGGUGGUAAGGCAAGAUACACCCUAUGUUGGCAAAAGCUUUACAUACUCUGAUGUGUACGACAGUAAAUCAAGUUCAGUGGAUUCCUACUCUCCAAAUCUGCCAACAGAGCACACUUUUGAAGAUACUGAUGUUACUUUAAAGAAAACAGAAAAGCAGGAAUCCCUAGAUUCUUCCACUGGCAAGAUUUCUGACCUUAAAGCGUCAAAUGAAAAGGAAACAUCAUCAACUUCAUAUAGUAAAGCACAAAGUAUAUAUGGGACACCACAGUUUAAUGAUACACCUGAAGGAACAUUCUCAGAGAGAAUAAAUGAAGUUGAAGAAAAGAUAGCUGUGAAAAACUCAUCCUUUUCUACAGAGAGAGACACAAUUUCAGGUAAAUUUGAAAAGCCAGAUUUCAGUGGAAUGGCAGUGGGUGGUGCAUCACAAUCAUGCCAUUAUGCAACGGACAGCUUCGCCACUGCUCACAGUGCUAAAAGUUCUGUGUUAGGCCAAUUUACAUUUGGCACAAAAGAAAUCAUGGCUGGAGACAGGAAGAUGUUUGCUGAUGGAGAGGAUGAAGAUGAAGAAGACGAAGAAGACGAAGAUGAAGAUGAUGAGGAGUAUGGAGAGCAUGUAAGUGAUAGUGAUACAGAGAAAGGUGCCAAAGACAGACAAGAGAAAGAUGCCCAGCAUCUUCUAAGCAGUGACAUCAGUACUGUACCUACUCAAUUCCAGGAAGAAAAGAAAGACACCAUUACACAGGACUACAGCUUUGGCUCUGACACCUAUUGGAAAGCUUUAGGUCCAUCGACAUUUGAAUCCACUCUAAUCCAUGAGGGACCCAAGGACUUAGGUCAAACUGUUAAAGGUGAUUCCUCAACUUUUCCCCCUGAAAGUCAUAUCACAGGCUCAUCUGGAUUUGAACAUUCUUCCAGUGAGGAGAGAGAUGAGUUUGUAGAAAAUUAUGAGAAAGAUGUCAAGUCAUAUUUACCCCUUUCAACAAAGUCUGCUGUAGAUAAAUUCUCUACGCACUAUGAUGGCAAAGAUCUUGAGUUCGACAAGCAAAAGACACCAGAUGGAGCAGGGAAAAAAUCAGGAGACCCUGUUUUAUUGGGCUUCAGUUACACAACCAUGUCAGCCACAGCAUAUUCCUCUUCCUCUUCUUACAGUCAUUCCUCAUCAGCUUCAGCAUCUCUGUCCACUAGCCGCCAGUUUGGGGAUGAGAUAGAGACUCCAGCCAGUACUGGAUUUGAGUACUCAUCUUUCAAAGAUGAACAUUCACCAGUAAUGGACUCACCCUUCUCUAGUUCUGGUGGGGCUAAGGAUGAAUUGACUGAAAAGCUGACCCCUGCAACCACCUCUAGCCUUGCAAGAUUGUCACCAUUAUCACCAUUUGAGGAGAACAAGCCUUUCCCUCCACAUGCUGGUACUUGUUUAGGUGAAAAGACACAACCUGCUUACUCUACAAGCAAUAUCUCAGACCAAGGCCCACAAAGUAAGAGCUUUUACAAAUCAGAGUGGAAUGAGGACUCAAGAUUACAAGCUGAAUUUGGUGCGACUGGACCUUAUACCUCAAUGCCUCUGACCACAGAGAAAGACACCAUGCCUGAAGAUCUGUAUGGUGCUUCAUCAACACUUCAAUUUGAGUGCCCUGAAAAACAGUACUAUGAAGACACAGAGAGUAGUGAAGAGGAGGAUGAUUAUAUGUAUGAAACUGAACCGGAUAAACUUCAGUACCAAAGAUCUCCAAUUACAGUUCAUGCAGACAAGAAAAAUGCCACAUUUUCCUUGAGUGAGACACUAAUAAAGGACAUACCUUCUGGUUUGGGAGCCACCUCCACGGAUUUGCAUACCUCACAUACAUCCAAUUACCCUGAGUCCACAAAACCAGACACAACAAAUGGGCCUGCAGAAGUUACUUUGAGUGCACCAGAGGCUUUUGGAGGAUCCAGCAAGGUGGGGAUAGGCUUGUCAAAAAUAGAGAUGCAAGACCAAGAAUUUGACUUGAAGCAAAUUAGAAGCCCAAGUGAAUGGGAAAUGAAGCAGAAACAAGACAUCUACCCGGGAGCAUCCCCACCUCAUUAUCGACAUGAAGAUGAGUAUGAAGAAGAAGAAGUGACUGAGCCAGAGCAACCAGCCCGUCCUCUUUCUCUUUCAUCCACAGACCAACCUUUCCAAACCUCCUUUUAUGCAGAUGAUCCAAACAGACAUGAUGAUGUCUCCAACUAUCCUUCAAAUGUUGGUAUCCAUCCACAUUCAUCCAAAGCUUCUCCAGGCUAUUCCUCCUGUGAGUACAAGCAGAGAAGAGGAGACACAUCUCCAUCCUUCAUCAACCCAAGCUUAUGUCAACUUACAAGUGACGAGGAAAGUGAGGAACAGGGAAGCCAAGCAUCCGAUCAACAGCAACCUUCGGGGAAGACCAGAUCUUACAAACAACCUCGUCACCACUCUCACAGUCAUCAUGGCGAGGACAGUGAAUUGCAACACUUCUCUGGUGCCAUGGCUGUUGGGAUUAGUGCCAGAGAGGAGGAAACACCUCCAACCUCUGUCAGUGAGCCACUGCAUUCACAGUCAGAUUCUGAUAUUCCAUCAGGUACGGAAGAGUGUCCAUCGAUCACAGCAGAAGGAAACAAUGACUCUGAUGAAGAUGCAGAUUACCUGCCUGUAGAUAAAUCAUCUGGAGUUUAUGGGGUAAAGCAUUAUUCAUCUAGGUCGCCUGCUAAAAAUCAGGAUCCUUUCCCAUCACCAAUGAUGGACCCUGCUCCUUGUCCCCCUCGCCCUGAUGUGUGUAUGGUUGAUCCCGAGGCUCUGUCAAGCCUAACCGACAAACCAAUCAAAAAAGAUUCCAAAACCAAGGGUUUACGAAAAUUAGGUAAAACUAAAUCUUCAUCUCCUGCUCGCAAGUCUGAUGCCAGGAGGAAGAGGUCCCCAUCCAAGGACCCCUCCACUCACACCACUUCUCUUAGGAAGAAGGAAAUGGAAGACGACCUUUCAAGGUCAAGCCACAACACUGGCAAAGGCCUUGCCAAUGGCCUUAAGAACAGUGCAGGUUCAAAUUCUGCAAAACUCAGUGCAUCUGUGUCCCCUGGUCCUCCUAUCUAUGUGGAUCUGGCCUACAUUCCCAACCACUGCAGUGCUAAAAAUGUGGACCAGGAGUUUUUCAAACGUGUUCGUUCUUCAUAUUAUGUUGUGAGUGGAAACGACUCCAGCAGCGGAGAACCAAGCCGCAGUGUACUAGACGCCUUGCUAGAUGGAAAGUCACAGUGGGGAUCCAAUCUACAGGUAACAUUGAUACCGACUCAUGACACAGAAGUGACCCGUGAAUGGUAUCAACAGACCCAUGAGAAGCAACAGGAGCUGAACAUUAUGGUCCUGGCCAGCAGCAGUACAGUUGUGAUGCAGGACGAGUCGUUCCCAGCCUGCAAAAUAGAGUUCUAAGUUCAACAUGUCUCCCAGGUUCACAUCUUUACUCUCAAAUGGUCCGUUACAGCCUUCAUUUGUAGUUUACUCAGUGUCAAAUUCUUAACCUUUUGCUUUUUAACUUCUCAAGGUUUAAACCAACACAUACUGCCUAUUCCCCCAAUACACCAGUCAAAUGGUAUAAACCUUGAUUAUUAUUUCUUGGUGAGGAAAGUUACUAGAGUGCAGGAGAACAGAAGGAAGAUGUGCCUUUCACUAUAUACUUUUCAGGGUGGCUUUUCCCUUUAUGUUGUACAAUAAAUACAAACACACAUAUAUAAAUGGGUCUCUAAAAUGCUUAACCUUUACAUUUUGGUCCAGGGCCUGUUUUAACUAGUUUUCAUGGUUAGAUUCCCAGUUGUAAUUUUAUACUGAACAAGAUUACCAAAUGAAUGCUAAAUAUAAUAACAAAGUUAAGCUACAUAGCUUUGAUUACAAUGUCAUUUAACUAAAGCACAAGUAUACCUCUUUACUUAUUUUUGAAUAGAACACCAGAAAUGCCCUAAAUACUGCAGCUCAACUAGAUGAGAUUCUCCUGCUUUCGUCUGAUCAAUUCAUGUAUUGUCCUCAAUGAUACUGUUGCUUCGAGGCCCUGAGUUACACAUCCCGCAUCAUCCUCUUUCAUAGCUCACACAUACACUCGUUAUAUAUAAAAUAAUCAUCAAAUCAAGUUAUCACACAUUCAGAUACCUUCUUUGCAAAUUGCAAUUGAGGGUAUGUACCUCAGCAGAGAGAUUAACAAAUACCUGGGUGCUAGAAUUUUAGAAAUAGGAAUUUAGUAAACAAAUAAGAUUAGCAGAUUAAAAUAAUAAUAAAAUUUCAGAUAUGCUAGAGAUGGAGCUGUGCUUCAGCUUGUGUGUUUUGCACAAAUUACUGUACAUUCCUGACUCAAGAGAUUACUGCUUUGAAUUUGUAAAGUGAAACGAUAUAUAUGGCAUCGACAAAAACAUUAUAAUAACACAAAUAAUAUAUUGCCACUAGAUCAGGACAGAAUUUUGUUUGUAAACUGAUGCUGAAAAACAACUGAAUGAAGAAUAUGCUUAUGGUAUGUUUGUCAAAUCUUAUUUUGUCAUUAAAUGAUGUAUAAAAUGUAUGUUCACAGAGUUUAUGAUUAUUUUUUGUGUUUAUGAAGUUUUAUUACUGAUUUUAAAUUAGGUAACUGAAGAAAAUUCAUUAUAUUCAUUAGCAUCCUAAAAUGAUUUCCUCUUGAUUGCUAUUGGUUAUAAAAUGUAUAUAGUAUAAAAUCGCUUUCUGUAAAGGAAUGGAAAGAAAGGAUGACUGAGAACAGAAAUGUAAGCCGAAGUUUCCGGCAAUAGAAAUGCACGGUGUUCAGUGAAUAAUCUAUGUAUGGAAGUCUUUUGUAUGGCUUUGAAUAGGGUUUUAUGAAAUAUGUGAGCCAUGGAUACUGCACUUAAACCUAUUCCAAAAACGUUAUAGUGUGUUUCAUGUUGUUCAAAGCACAUUGUGGCUUCAAAACAUGUCAUAAAACACUCAGAAUUGCAGUGGUUUUUCUUUGUGCAUUGGUAAUAGAGUAACAUUUAAGGCUUAAAAAGAAUUGAUUUGAUGAAAUGAAUGAUAGUGCUGGCUUAAGCCCUUGUCACAGAGCAGAAUCAAAGAUGAGAGGGAUGAUGAUCUUAUACAGUACCAUUUUCUGAUGAAUAGAGUCAGAGUCAGAGUUCAACCUCAUGGUAAUAUACAUAUGCAUUGCAAUUGCAAUGCAUUGUAUGAACUUGCAUUUGAAUACUGCUAUGCUUUUAGGUGCUUGGCUUAACUCACGGAAGGUUAUAAGUGAAAAAAUAACCUUUUUUCAGUUACAUUUGAGUCGAAAUGUAAUCUUUAAUCUUCAUACUUUCUGCGAGAUGAUGUAAUAUAUAUAUAUAUAUAUAUAUAUAUAUAUAUAUAUAUAUAUAUAUAUAUAUAUAUAUAUAUAUUCAAUUAUGAUUUUCCUAGUCUUGUUUAUUAGUUGAUGAGAUUUGAUUGUUGACCUUCAACUUUAGAGAAAAGUGCAGAGGUUUGAUAAGCUGUAUUUACAACAAGACAGAAUAUGGUUCAGCAUAAUUCUUUAUUUUCCUCUGAGGAACAAUAUAUGAGGAUACACAGUUAAUAAUUGCCUCUAAUGUUUUUAAGGUGCUGUAACUUUUGAGCUACUGGUUAUUUGGCUGCUGACACGGUGAAACCCAGAUGUGACUUUGCAGUACCACAGAAAUUAACAAACACAUACAAGCACCAGACUGCAGACUGCCAGAUUACGUGACUAGAUCACUGAUCACAUUUUAUAUUCAAGAUUUGUAAGUGUCCGUGUGAUUAUCUUGUCUUUUUUUCUUUUUUUUUUAAGAUGAAGACUAAAUGUUACACAAAUAGUCAUGAUGUGCAGUGCAAAACAUCCCUUAGUUGCAAUGCUGAGUUUGCCAUCUCAAUAGCAUCAAAUCUUUGAAAUAUAGCAUUCCAUUGAGGCUAGCUGUUUAAUGCAUGUGACCUUAAGUUUGAACUUGUAUGUAAUAGUUCAUAGUUAUUUUAAAUAAAGUACUAUACUUUAAACCUAUAUUUAAAUGAUAAUGGUCUAAAUUGUACUAAAAGGCACAUAUAUCCAGGCCGCGCUAUCAUUUCCAGCGUGUGUGUUGUUUAAAAAACGUGUACUUGGAUUUCUUUUGAAUUUUUCAUAUUUUUAUUACCUUUGCUUUAAUUUCGCUCUUUUUUUAAUGUGCAGUACUCUGUAACUUUCUUUAAGCUCUAUGAAUGAGUGUCUGCAGAUAUGUUGUAGAUAGGUAAACCUUGAUAUUCACAAAUAAAAUAUAUGUUAAUGGGAAACAUCAA